CUACAUCAUGUAUGACUUUAUGGAAUAUUGUUUGAAGCGAUUCUAUCAAACAUCUGGAUGGAAUGAAGAGAAUCAGUACUCUAAUCUCUGUUCUUGGUCUCGAGCAUUACUCGAUUUUUAUACACCCAAGGGCCUUUCACUCGUUGUUUCAAAAUUACCAACACCUUACUUUAAACCUUCUUAUACUCUAACUGUCCUACCCACUCUCAACGGCAGCUUAGGCUACCUUUAUACCUCGAGAGAAUUAGAUAUUGGGACAAGUGCAACAGUGGAUUUUCAAGAUUUGAUUGAUAGAUUUAGAAUUAUUGUGGAUGAACCUCACAAGAAGAAGCAUAUAAACCAUCAAGCCAAUCCUGAUUACUUACUCUAUGGUCGCAUGUUUUUUCCUGGAGCAAGAAUGGAGGCCAUGUAUGUUCGCAGGAUAUCUGAACAUCUACAGUAUCUAGUAACAGCUGUCAACACACCUAAGACGUACUCAGCGCCCCAGAUUGCUAUGCAGUUACAGUAUGAUGUUGGUAAAUGGUGCUCAGAGUGCUCCUAUACCUCUGAUGAUGGUCUAUUGGGACUAAGAGCACUGUACAAUUUUGGACAGCCUACAUCUACGGGGCAGUGGUCCGUAGGAACAGAGUUAUAUUAUGGUACCUUGGAUAAAAGUGGUGGAAUGUCAAUGGGUCUUCGAUAUCGUACCCUGAAGGCAUCUAAUGCACCACCUAUUAGUUUCACAUAUACACUUAAUCCAAUUGUCGGGCACAUGUCGACAAGUUAUGUAGCAAAGGUAUCAGAAGAACUUGCACUCUGCUCCAGAUAUGAUUUUAGUAUGUACUCGUAUGAGAGCGAUCUGGCUUUUGGUUUUGAAUAUCGAACGAAAAAGCCAUCAAUUGAAACAGAGUCAGAAAAUGGAGUGAUUACUCUUACAGCUGAUCGUACAGAGAAACUGGAAGGUUUGAUAAAGGCCAGAUGGGGAUUUGUCAAGGGCCUGGCACUCAUGUGGGAAGGACGCUUCAAGAAGACAUUGUUUAGCUUAGGUUUAACAGCAGAUCUAAAAAGCACAAGCCCUAUCCGUACCAUUGGCUUAGAGAUACAAUAUUUCUCUUAAUUACAUACAUACACACAUAGAUACGCAUACAGAGUCAUUUUAUUGUGUAACUAGAAAAAUAAUGAAUAAA